UACAGGGGACAGCCAAUCAGCCAGCUCUGGGCAGACAGUCCACCCGAGCAGGCUUGGUUCUCCGGCCCCCAGUGCCGCCACUUCAUCACCAGGUUCGCCUGUGACGGUUCUAUGGAGGCGGUUCGCCUGGCGUCCUUCCCGAGGUCGGGCAACACCUGGACCCGCUACCUGCUGGAGUCAGCCACCGGCCUCUUCACCAGCGCUGGAGGGCCAACGUACUUCCAGUAUAGAAACGCCGCAGUGAGCCGCAAUGCAUCCAUGAAGGGGAACACAGUGGAGAGCAACAGAGGUACGGAGCUUUCUCGCAUGGGGUUCGCCGGCGAUUUGUCCAGCUGGACCCGGGGCAACACAAUCGUUUACAAGACUCAUAGCCUGCCGGAGCCGUGGGUCGUCGCCGGCAACGAAAGGCUGCCUUCGGACACGGCUCCUUUCGCGCCCAACUCGACGAGGCGCGCCAUUUUGCUCAUCCGUGACCCGUUCAAAGCCUGCAUUUCGCUGAUGUACUUCAGCAGCUCCCAGUCUGUUCUGCACACGGACGGGGCCCGCGCGGAGCUGUUCCAGGGGCCCGAGUGGGAGCAGUCUGUGAGCUUCUACGCCCGACGCUGGUUCGCCGUCAACUUGCAGUGGCUGGAGGCCACCAACGCCACGCACGUUGUGAUGUACGAGCACCUUGUGCGAGACCCCAUGUACGAGCUGCGAAGGAUGCUGCGGUUCCUGGAAGUGGAGCCCGAUCCGGCCCGUAUGGAGUGCGUGCGACUGCAUUUGGAGGGACGAGCCCACAACAAGAAACACAGCGUCGUUCCCGACAACACCACGUACCCGCUGCCCCUGCGCGGCUUGGUAUGGAGUCAAAUUCACGCGCUGAACCUGCACUUGAAGGACAGGGGCUACCGUGAGCUUCCACUGGAACAGUACUCGUUCGCCGGUCAGUUUAGGGAUAUUGGAGCCUGAAAACGGAACUAGCUGGACGUGGAUGUCCGCGCCAAAUGCACAACCCUGCACGGACGGGGAGCACGUCCGUCAGAUAGCUUUAAAAGCAGACGCCGAAGUUGCGCCGAAGUGGAAGGGCACUGCACUAUAAAUAAUCCGCUUUCAUCACUUAAGGUGAAAACAACGACUCAAAGCGUCAGUUUAAAGCAA